AUGUUCCAGGCCAAGAAGGCUUGUAUGAAUUCCCACGAGAGGCCCAUGUGCGUGCAGGGGGACUCAGGGCUCGUCCUUACCACCGAUCCUAAGCCCCGCCUCCGCUGGACCGUCGAGCUCCAUGAUCGCUUCGUCGACGCCGUCAACCAGCUUGGAGGCCCCGAUAGUCAGCCCCUCCUCCACCCAGCUGAUCUCUUCUCGCAUCCAAUCGCCAGUAAGGAGAUCUGACAUCUUCUCUAAUCUUGCAGAGGCCACUCCUAAAACUAUCAUGAGAGUUAUGGGCGUCAAGGGUCUCACUCUCUAUCACCUCAAGAGCCAUCUUCAGGUAAAUAACCUCAAGAGCCACCUUCUAAAACAAGGCGCUUGUUUAGGUUUUGACUUGGCUUCAACACCAAUUCACAACUCCGCCGUAGGAAUUCCAGACAACUACGAUUGUUUCACUUGGUUUCUGGCACUUUCCUCGCAGAAAUUCCGACUGGGGAAGCAACCGCAUAAGGAGUUGAACGAUCACAACUCGGCCAAGGACGCUGGCGGAAGAGGUAAUUUACAUGGCUCUUCUUUACAGACGCGUCAGAAUGAACACCAUCUGAUGAUGUUACUUCUUCACUUCCAAUGGCAGCUGUGUCUCUAGAUUUCCAGGGGAAUGCGGCUUCCUCGUCUGGAAUAAUGGGUAGAGCCACAAAUGAGUAAGUUACACAAUAUCCUAUCGUCUCUUGGGGGAAUUGGGCCUUUUCCAUUGUAUCUCCUGCCUUGUUCUCAGCGAGGAUGAUCGGAGUAAGAAACUAACAAGAAAUGCAAAGAAAGGUUGAGGAUAUAGAGAUGGGUAGUCAGAGAGAUAGAUAGGGAAGCAAAUAGGGACAUGAACAACACGGGAGAUGAAAGAGAGAGAGAUAUAAAAACAGAGGAGAGCUAGGGCGGGAGAGAGAGAGAGAGAGAGAGAGAGAGAGAGAGAGAGGGAGGUAGAGAGUUCGCAUGUACCAAUAUAGGUUUAGAAUGAAAAUUUUAACAUUCAAGGGAUUGAGGCGUCUGUUCCCUAAUUUAGCAGGAACUAUCACAUCACGGAAGCGCUGAGGAUGCAGAUGGAAGUGCAAAGACGAUUGCAUGAACAGUUGGAGGUGAACUAUUUGAAGUCUCCUAAACCCGCUUAUAAGUUCUCUUCAGCGGUGGCAUUCAGAGUUAGGGUUGUUGUCCGCGGCGCAGGUGCAGAAGCAUCUUCAGAUGAGGAUCGAGGCCCAAGGCAAGUACAUGCAGACCAUACUGGAGAAGGCCUGUCAGACGCUGGCGAAGGAGAAUACGGCCGCUGGUGGCGCAGAGAUGUGCUUCCUCAAGGACAUGGGUUCCCCACUGGGCUUCCCUUCCCUUCACGAUCUUCACCUCUACGCCGGCGGUGUGCACCAUCUCGUGGACGAGUCCUCCAGGGGGGAACUGACACACAUGGACUCGACGACAUUGAACACUGGUAAGCCGAUCUUCUCCCCUGACCACAGGGGUGAGACGAAGCCCGAGAUGUCGUCACCCUCCGCCGCUAGCCCCGUCGUCAGAACGGCCGCCAUCUCAGCGAGAAAUUUGUCUUAUGGGUGA